AGCACAUCGCGGGAGCCAGGCGAUAAGGAGAGCAGAGCUUAGUCCUAACGGAUCCAUAUCCAUGGCGGGCACAGCUGUCGCCGCGGUGCUCUCCAAGUUCGGGCAGCUCGCCGUGAGUGAGGCACAAUUUCUGGCCCAGGUGGGUGAUGACAUGAUGCUGCUGCGCGACCGUCUGGAGUGGCUCCAGGCCUUCAUCCGCGAUGCCGACAGGAAGCGCCGGACUGGCGCCGACGGGCUCACCCGCGUAUGGCUGCGUCAGACUCGCGAUGCUGCCUUUGAAGCCGAGGACGCGCUCGACGAAUUCUUCCACCAGGUUGACCUAGAAAGCCAGGGCUAUGAAGGCUGGAAAAAAUGGGCCAAAUACUUGACUAGCUGGUUGAGCCAAAUCACCAUCCGACAUGUAUUGUCUAUUCGACUCAAAAAAAUCAAUAGCAAACUGGAGCAAAUCUCAGUGAACCAAAAGGAAUACAAGAUCGAGCACACGUCAUUUAAGAUGUUUGCAUUAUCCACUACAGCGAUUGCAGCAAGGUGGGAUGAUCUAAAGAAUGCAGUUGGCUUUGACAAUGAUGUCAUGGAGUCUCUUGAAAGUCUGGUGCUCCGUGAGGAUCAUCCGAAGACGAUGUUCAUCUCCAUAUUUGGAGAAAGUGGUGUUGGAAAGAGCACACUGGGAAGGGCUCUUUAUGAAAAAAUUGGAAAUAAUAAGGAGCUGGGAACUUACAAUUUUUUUCCGCCGUGGAACCUGAUGACCCAGAAAAUGUUCUCCAAACAAUGUACACAGUAGUACCAAGUGAAACAGCUGA